AUGCCUGAAAAGGAACUAUCUUAUUUACAUUCAAGAACCGAAAAGGACGGUGGAGUUAUUGUUGAUGCCUUUGACCAACAAGAUAGCAAGCCUCCAUUGACAGGUUUAGCAAAGUUUGUUGACUCUUUUAAAAGAGCUGAUGAUAAUGAAAUGGGGAUCGACCCCAAUUUAACAGAAGCGGAAAAGAUCGCUGUUAGAACAGCAAAUGCUCCUUUGUCUAGAUCUUUGAAGAACAGACAUUUACAGAUGAUUGCUAUCGGGGGUUCUAUCGGUGCUGGUUUGUUCAUUGGUUCCGGUAAGACAUUAAGAAUUGGUGGUCCCGCUGGUGUUUUGAUUGCCUAUAUCUUAAUUGGUAGUAUGAUUUACUCCACAGUUCAAGCCUUAGGUGAAUUGGCUAUUACUUUCCCUGUUUCUGGUGCUUUCGUUACUUACAACACACGUUUUAUUGAUGAAUCAUUUGGUUUUGCUAUGGCUUGGAAUUAUGCCAUGCAAUGGUUAGUCGUUAUGCCGUUAGAAUUAGUUGCUGCAACUAUUGUCAUUGACUAUUGGAAUACUAAAUACAAUCCAGCUACUUUUGUUGCAAUAUUCUGGGUUCUUAUUCUAGUUAUUAACUUCUUCGGUGUAAGAGGUUAUGGUGAAGCUGAAUUCAUAUUUUCCAUGAUCAAAGUUAUUGCUGUUGUCGGUUUUAUCUUCUUGGGUAUCAUUUUGGUUUGUGGUGGUGGUCCAAGAGGUGGUUACAUUGGUGGUAAGUACUGGCACAAUCCUGGUGCGUUUGCUAACGGCUUUAAAGGUGUUUGCUCUGUCUUUGUCACAGCCGCUUUUGCAUUCGCUGGUACUGAAUUGUGUGGUUUAGCUGCUGCUGAAACCAGUAACCCAAGAAAGUCAUUACCAAAGGCUACGAAGCAAGUUUUCUGGAGAAUUACAUUGUUCUAUGUUAUCUCAUUGACAUUGAUUGGUUUGUUGGUUCCUUACACAGACGAAAGAUUGGUUGCCGAAUCAUCCUGGGAUGCUUCUGCAUCUCCUUUCGUCAUUGCCAUUAAAAACGGAGGUAUCUCUGGUUUGCCUUCUGUCAUGAACGCAGUCAUCUUGAUCUCUGUCUUGUCAGUUGGUAAUUCAUCUGUUUUCGGUUCAUCAAGAACUUUAGCUGCAUUAGCUGCUUCUGGACAAGCGCCAAAGAUAUUCGGAUACAUCGACAAGAAUGGAAGACCUAUUGUUGGUAUUACUCUUCAAUUGGCUCUUGGAUUAUUGUGCUUCGUUGUGGCUUCUGACAAGUAUGGUGAAGUCUUCGACUGGUUGUUAGCGUUGUCUGGUUUAUCUUCGAUAUAUACUUGGACUGCUAUUUGCUUGUCUCACAUUAGAUUUAGAAGAGCAUUGAGUGCUCAAGGUAGAAACACGGACGAAAUUUCGUAUACAGCUCAAGCUGGAGUUUAUGGUUCGUACUACGGAGCUAGUUUGAAUUUAUUGGUUUUGAUUGCUCAAUUCUGGAUUGCAAUCUGGCCAUUGGGUGGUAAGCCAGAUGCUGAAGUUUUCUUUAUGAACUACGUUUCAUUGCCAAUUGUCUUUACUUUCUACCUAUGUCACAAGAUCUGGACUAAAAACUGGAAAUUGUUCAUUAGAGCCAAGGACAUUGAUAUUGACACUGGUAGAAGAGAAUUAGAUUUGGAUUUGUUCAAGCAAGAAUUGGCCGAAGAAAGAGCAUACAUUGCAUCUUUACCAUUCUACAAGAGGUGGUACAAGUUCUGGUGCUAG